AUGGCGUUUAAAAAUCUGGAUGUAUUAACUUUCAAACUGGAUCGCCUCCUUCUACAUGCUUCACUCGAUCCCCCAACUCGACAAAUCCUAGAAUCUGCGGACAAUGAUGUCAAAUCCGUGGCUGCAAUCGUCGCAAGAAUGAAAUGGAGAGGCCUGCACCGAUUGGAAGGAGAAAUCGAAAAUGAAGCAUACAAAUUGUUAUCCAAAUUUGAAUCCAUUUCCUCCCCAAAAGAAUUGAAGAAAUGCACGAUGGGAAAGUCGACGAAGAUCAGAUCAGUGUCCAAAUUAGAAGACAGCAUGCGAUCUCGAUUCUCAACCGAUUUUAUCCGUGAAGAAUCAUCCACCGACAGUUUGAGCGAAGCAGUUGAAACUCUGGUGGGAAUGGUGAAGAAGAUGGAGAAGGACUAUGCAGAUGCGCUGUACAACCAGUACUCGUAUAUCGAGGAUCAAGCUAUACUAGAAGAAGAAGAAGAAAGCGAUGAUGAGGUUGAGAUGGUGGGAUUAUCCGGUGAGUAUGAUGAGCUUAAAGAGAAGUUGUUCGAGGGGAGUUUCUUCCAAGUGUUGCCGGUGGUGGGGAUGGCCGGAAUCGGUAAGACCACUCUUUGCAGGAAGGUUUUUGGAGAUGCGGAUGUGGUGAAGCGCUUCGAGCUUCGUGUUUGGGUGAGGAUUGGGCGGAGUUGCGAGCUUGAACAGAUCCCGCGUCGCGUUCUGGCCGAGGUGGGGGUGGAAUGCUAUUCCCUUGCACAGGUUUUGAAGGGUAAAAGGUGUUUGAUUGUAUUGGAUGAUGUAUGGGAGAGAAACGGGGUUUCUUGCUUGCACUCGUUGUUUGGUGAUGUGAGAGGUGAUAAUGGGAGUCGAGUGUUGGUUACCACUAGGUUGCACCAAGGGGAUGUUGAUCAUGUGGAGAUUCGGCUUAUGAAUAAAGACGAAAGUUGGGAACUACUUCGUCUGAGGGUCUUUGGCCCCCACCCCCUUCUUGUUCUGUUUGAGGAACCUGGAAAGAAGAUUGCGGAAAAUUGUGAUGGCCUUCCUCUCACGAUUAUUGAUGGAACUCUUUGUUUGGAGGAGCUUGUUUCGAAUAGUGUUGCUAUGAUCUAUGCGAAAAGCACAUUGGAACUUGAUGCUCUCGCUAUCCGUUUCUACGAGUUCCCAAUGGAGGUACUAGGACUAGUACAACUGAGAUACCUCACCCUCACUUUGGAUGGGAAGAUUCCUGCUUCGAUAUCCAAACUUUCGAAGCUGAGGAGUCAAACAUACUUGCCUGUGGUGAUAUGGGACAUGAAAGAAUUGCAGCAUGUUAGUGUGAUGGGGAGUGAUUUACCGGACUCUUGUGGUGCUAAGUUGAAGAACAUGUCAACAAUUUCUAAUGUGAGCGUUCUGAGCUGUGCCAAAGGAGUUCUCAAGGCAAUCCCUAAUCUUAGCAAAUCGACAGUGUACCAAUCGCCUAAACUGUGGUACCUCCGCUCCACCAUCAUCGAAGCACAAGACAUUUCAAUGCUAAACUUGAAAGAGUUGAGCUUCCAAUUGAAGGCACAGUUGGGAUUUCAGGUCCAGAAAACACAACAGGUCAGUGGCGCGCCGCCGUCGUGGAAUGAGGAUCUGAUGUUCGUCGCCGCGGAGCCUUUCACGUCUGAGAACGACCUCGUGUUUCAUCAUGAAUUCUAA